AUUGGAUAGACAAAUUGAGUGGACAAAGAAUGGACAGUCUCUGGAUGCAGUGGAGCAGCAGUUAAAACAUUGUCUUUAAGGAAUCCAGAGAUCUCUGAAUUUCACUUUGUCGAUGGAGCACUUGCAGGAAGCAUGGAAGUCCUUCAGUAAUGGUUUUGGAUUGAAAGAUUCUGUCUUUGAAAGCCCAGUGUGUGGUAGUCCCACUGUCUCUCAGCAGUUUCCACGCCGUCGGUCAUCUGAUGAUGGCAAACUCUCCGAUGCUGCCAAAACCAGCAACAUGAUUCGUGUUCAUUUGCCUAACCAGCAGCGCACUGUGGUAAUUGUGCGAAAUGGCAUGUCCUUGCAUGACUGUUUAAUGAAAGCACUGAAUGUCCGAGGCUUGCAGCCAGAAUGCUGUGCAGUUUUUAAACUUAUUCCUGAGCAGAGAGCCAAAAAACUUAGGUUUGAUCCAUCUACUGUUCUGCCUUCCCCAGUCGGAGAGGAAAUCAAUUUUGACUACAUUGACAAUAUACCCCUAAGAUUUGACAACUUCGUUCGGAAGACGUUUUUGAAAUGGGCUUUCUGUGACAUCUGUCAGAAGUUCCUGCUAAAUGGCUUCCGUUGCCAGACAUGUGGCUAUAAGUUCCAUGACAACUGUAGUACCAAGGUUCCCACAAUGUGUGUGGAUUGGAGCAAUAUCAGGCAGCUCUUAUUAUUUCCCAGUUGCAACAUUGGUGAGAGUGGGGGGCCGCCUCAGCCAACAAGACGAAUGCGUGAGUCAUUAUCCCGACCUCCUUCCAGUGCUCAACAUAGGUAUUCUACACCUCAUGUUUUUAACUUCAGCACAGCUGCUCCAACUACAGAAGGAUCACUUUCACAAAGGCAGAGGUCUACUUCUACACCCAAUGUCCAUAUAGUCAGCACAAUAAUGCCUGUUGAUAACAGAGCUAUAGAGAAUGGUAUCCUGAAACCUUCUCCACGAUCCUGGUGCAGGCGUUUUAAUUUGAGGGGCAGAGAUGCAAUAAGAAGUCACAGCGAAUCAGGUACAUCUGGCAGUCCCCCAAACUUGAGUCCAACUAGCCUAUCUCAGCCUAAAACGCCAGUCCCAUCUCAGAGGGAGAAGGCUGCUGUACCUGGUUCACAAGAAAAAAAUAAGAUUAGACCUCGUAGUCAGAGAGAUUCAAGUUACUAUUGGGAAAUCGAAGCUAGUGAAGUUGUACUGCUGACGAGAAUAGGGUCUGGUUCAUUUGGGACAGUAUUCAAAGGCAAAUGGCAUGGAGAUGUAGCUGUGAAGAUUUUAAAAGUGGCAAAUCCUACACCAGAGCAGUUCCAAGCUUUCAGAAAUGAAGUAGCGGUAUUAAGGAAAACACGGCACGUAAACAUUUUGUUGUUUAUGGGUUAUAUGACAAAAGGCAACCUAGCGAUUGUGACACAGUGGUGUGAAGGAAGCAGUUUAUACAAACAUUUGCACGUGCAUGAAACCAAGUAUGAAAUGCAUCAGUUAAUAGAAAUUGCCAGACAAACGGCACAAGGAAUGGAUUAUCUACAUGCGAAGCAUAUCAUCCACAGAGACAUGAAGUCAAACAACAUAUUUCUUCAUGAAGGCCUUACGGUGAAGAUUGGAGACUUUGGCCUGGCAACAGUAAAGUCUAGAUGGAGCGGUUCUCAUCAAGUGGAACAGCCAUCUGGGUCAAUACUUUGGAUGGCACCUGAGGUGAUUCGAAUGCAAGAUAACAACCCCUACAGCUUCCAGUCAGAUGUCUACUCUUAUGGGAUUGUGCUGUAUGAAUUGAUGACAGGAGAACUACCAUAUUCUCAAGUUGGCAACCGAGACCAGAUCAUCUUCAUGGUGGGAAUAGGGCGCUUAUUUCCUGAUCUCACUAGGCUGUACAAAAACUGUCCAAAGGCCAUGAAGAGACUAGUUGCAGACUGUGUGAAGAAAGUUAAAGAAGAACGUCCUCUGUUUCCUCAGAUCUUGUCUUCAAUUGAACUGCUGCAGCAUUCUCUACCCAAAAUCAACCGCAGUGCGUCAGAACCGUCUCUUCAUCGAGCAGCACACACAGAGGAUAUCAACUCAUGCACUUUGACUUCUACUAGACUUCUUUUCACUUAAGAGAAGCUUUCCAUUGUAAAAGACAGUAAAUAUGAACAUUUGAGAGUCUGUGCAAUUCCACUUUCAUUAAACUGCAGUACGAAAUUGCAACACCAGCUUAAUUUAUACUGUGCCCAUUUCCCCGAAAUUAAAGCUGCUACCAAUUGUCAUGGCAAUUUCUGUUUUAAAAUGACACUGGUCAUUCAGUGAACUGGGAAAUUUAAUGGUUCUUUGUGCAAAGAGGCAGCAAAAACAAGCCAUGUUUUAAUUCCACAUACGGUUAUGCUUGAGGUGUGUUUCCUCUUUUUUUUUUUUUAAGAAACGUAGAAUUUUAAGCACAUUAAGUGAAAUAUAUAAUAAAAUAUACAGCUGAGUUGUCUAAAGAUAUUGGGGCAGGAAUUAUGAAUUUGCCAGAUGUAAUAUUCCUUGUGAAGACAAUGUAGUAGCCAGAAAGGGUCCAUGGAUUGAGAGAUUACUGCAUUGCAUCACAGGCUGGAAGGAUGAUAACAAGCUCUCUUCUAAACCAUGGGAAUGGAUUUUUUUUCUUUCUUUUUGUCGAAAGGUUUGAAGACCAGAGCAGAAAAAUUGCAUCGGGUCAACAGGGACUUGAAGGACGUGAGAAUCUGUGAAAGUGUACAUUUUUUGGCUUAAUCGUGUUGCCUUGUUUGUCAGGGCUCCCUGCUACUGCAAGAUUGCAUUUUCCUGGGAAUAUAGUUAUCUGGUCACAUUUUAAUGCAUAAACCAGUCUUUUAAAUUGGAAGACCAGGUUUGUGCCGUCUUAGUAAAUUAUAUUUGUCGUCAAGACAUGCACUAUGACUGGGAAUGAGAGUCUGUAAUGUGUUUUCUUUUGUUGAUUUGGGCUUUAAUGUUUUCUUUGGUCCUUUUCUCUUAAUGGAGGAUAAACUUGCUGUUGCAAACCCUUGAUGGUUUUGUUUGUAUAUUUUAAUAAAAUAAGUUAAAUUUG